CUCUUGAGCUGAUACGUGCUCGCUUCCCUCGCUCUCGCUCGCUUGCUAUUUCAUCGCUUCCCUUGACACCGGACACCCCACGAUUCCCUCGCAACUUUCACACGCAGCUCGGCCACACCAAUGUCCAGUCCGCUGCCAUCGCAAUUCCCGCCUCCCAACCAGGUCAGCGUCGUCUCGGAAGAAGAAACCCACACCGGAUCCGAAGACGAGGCUGAAUUGCACUCUGGUCCCAUCUCGACCGACCCAACAAACCAGGCCGAUGCCUCCGCCGCAUCGACCUCACCCGCCCCGGCCGCACCCAAGAAGCGCAUCCGGACAACCCCAGAGCAGCUCGCUGUCCUGGAAGAAUCCUUUGCCGAGAACAGUUCUCCCGAUCGGAGGGUGCGCCAAGCCCUCUCCACACAGCUCUCGAUGACCGAACGGUCCAUCCAGAUCUGGUUCCAAAAUCGAAGGGCAAAGGCCAAGCUGUGGCAGCGGCGCGCAAACGAUGUCGCCAUGAGGGCGGCGACGAUGGGCUCUGCGGGCUCUGCAGGUUAUCCUGUCGUGUCCCCGCACCCGGUCGGGACUCAUCCCAUGAUGGCCGCCUCCAUCCCACCGACUGCGUCGCUGCACAACCCAUCCGAAUACGGCUACUACGAUCAGCGACACGUUUACUCCAGCCCUCCUUUCAAAGGCAGCCCGUACGCUGCUCCAACUCCGGCUCAAACUCCCGUGGUCCUCAGCCCGCAAAUAGCCUAUGGCUCGCCCUACUCUGCCUCGGCAGCAGCUCCAGGCAGUACGCAGGACCAUCUCAUCCGGUUCGCGUGCCGGACCAUGUCCAUCGGCUCGUGGGGUCGUCUCUUGUCGGUCAACAGCGAGCUGACCUGCAGCUUCGAUCCCACCACAAAGUAUCUCUCCUGGACGAUCGGCGAAGGCAAUCAGCGUUGGAAGAUCCAGUUCUCCAUUUCGCAAGUCUCGCAGAUCCAGUUCGUCUCCACCGAGGACACUGUCAUGGCCGACAUGGUUUUCGAACUGAGCACGCCACCCUACUUCUUCGUCGAGUCGAUCCAGCCACAUGGGCCCGCCUGGAAUCCCUGUCACGACUUUACGGAGCAUCGCCAGGCCACCAGCAAUCCUCGGCACACACUUCGUGGCGAGGCACAGCUGUUGGCCACCCAGCUCGAGUGGAUGAUCCAUCUCGACAGGCAUCCCUGGACCCAGUUGGCAGGAUCGCUGCCUACUCAGGGACACGGAGCGAGCGGAUCUGCUGUUUUCCAGCGGCAGGUUGUGCAGUCGCCUCAACCCGGGAUCUACUCUCAACAGCAGCAGCAGCAGCAGCAGCAGCAGCAGCAGCAGCAGCAGCGAUCGCCUGAAGCCAUCAUGGCCAUUCCGGCCGGACAGAGCCACCGCAGACCCUCGACGCCGGCCAACGCCGUCGAGUUUGGCUACUCAAAUUCGCCUCAGAUCGCCACGAUGAGCAGCCCAGAGUUCUACUACCAGCAAAGUUCCACCCACGGGACGACCUCAUCCUUGCCUCGCUACAACUCCCAAGCCAGCGGAAGCUUCCAGUACGACUCUGCCGGUCAUGGACCUCUCAACUGAGCAGAGACUUGCGGAUGGAUCGGCUUCUUAUGGCUCUAUCCGGCGCUGUGGUCUCGUGCCCUGUUCUCGCCCAUGCCUCAGCCUCGUGUCUGACGAAUGGCCUCAUGCUUUCCUUUACGGCCCCGCCCCUUGAUACACCCCCC